GAAAACAUUCAGCGGUGGCGAGCGAGUGAUUUGGAUCAGGUCCGAGGAGACGGGGGCGUCGUGCGCCUCGUGGAAGGUCAGUCGUAAUGUACUCUUGCUCCAAUGUGAGCCUGCAUAGCUUUGGAGACAGGAUGGCCACUUUCACCUAGAGGAGCUGGAGGCAGUCAGCAAUGUCAGGCUUUCGAAAUAGCUCCAUCAAUGCAGGCACCCUGCACCUGCAAGCUGCCAACAGGAUUAGGCGCAACUCCAUCACUGCCCUCAGUGAACGAGAGUCAGAUUAUGGGCGCUCCCCAAGCGAGAACCACUAUGGGAGCGGGGAUGUCAGGAAGAAGAUUGAUGAGGAGAACCCUGAGUGUGGGUUGGCCGGGCAGCCAGACCAGCCCUGCAAGUAUGACUGCGUGUCCAACCCCGCUCCCUGGUGGCACCAGAUCACGCUUCGGGCGCUGUUUGUGGGGGCCAUUCUGGGCACGCUGUUCAGCAUUAUCAUUCACAAGCUGAGCCUGACGACGGGAAUCAUCCCUUCGCUUAACAUCGCAGCGGGUCUGAUUGGCUUUGUAGCCAUCAAGGGAUGGGUCUCCCUACUCAAGUUCUUCCGCUUUGACCCCCAUGACUUUACACCCCAGGAGAACACCGUUGUGCAGACAUGCAUUGUGGCGUGCUCCAGCCUGGCGUUCGCCGGUGGCUUCGGCUGUUACCUGCUGUCGAUGGACCAUCAGACGUUUGAGAACCUGGGCGACAUAGCUGGCAACCGCGCAGAGGAUGUUUACGAGCCGAGCCUGGAGCGCAGCAUCCCCUACCUGCUCUGCGUGGGCAUCAUCGGGAUAUUCACCCUGGUCAUUCUGCGCAAGCGCUUUAUCAUUGACUAUCGCUUGCAGUAUCCCUCUGGCACAGCCACCGGAAUUCUCAUCGCCUCUUUCCACACCCCCAAGGGUGAAGCCGCUGCUCGAGAGCAGGUGAAGACGCUGGGUUACUGGGGCACGACGUCCUUCCUGUUCAGCUUCUUCAAGUGGUUCUUUGGGGGCAGCAGCACCAGUGGCGCCUCGUGUGGCUUCUCCUCAUGGCCCACUUUCGGCAUGGCGGCCCUGAACUACCGAUGGAGCUUUGACUUUUCGCUGACUUACAUUGGUGUAGGCAUGAUCGUGCCUUAUGUGGUGGCAUACUCGAUGAUGUGGGGAGCUAUAGUGUCUUGGGGCAUCAUGUGGCCCUUGCUGGCCAAGAAGGAGGGGGAUUGGUUCCCUGCCGGUCUCACAGAUGGUGACUUCAGGGGGCUAUUCGGCUACAAGAAUUUCCUGGCCAUUGCAAUUUUUGUGGCGGAUGGCGCCUACAACUUUGCAAAGAUUGGCAUCCUGUCGCUACAGGCUCUAAGGCUUGAAGCGUUGAGAGAUGAAGUCUUCCUCAAGGGCUGCAUUCCCUGGUGGAUUGCCGCUGUGGGCUAUGGUUUCUUCUCCAUCCUUAGCAUUGUAGUCAUCCCCAUCUUGUACCCUCCAGCAAAAUGGUAUUACCUGCUCGUGUUGGUGAUAGUGUCCCCGCUCUUCGCUGUGGCCAAUGCGUAUGGCGCAGGUCUCACUGACUUCGACAUGAGCUCCAUUUACGGCACGGUGGCAAUCUUUGCAUUUGCAGCCUGGACUGGCUCUCAAAACGGUGGUGUGAUCGCUGCCCUGGCUGUGUGUGGCCUGGUGAUGGCGUCCACGUCAUCUGCUGCACUCCUCAUGCAGGAUUUCAAAACGGGCCACAUAACUAUGAGCAGCCCGCGCUCCAUGUUCCUGUCGCAGAUCGCAGGCGCACUGAUGGGCUGCUUCAUAGCGCCGCUCACGUUCCAAAUGUAUUGGAAGUCCUUCCCCAUCGGAGUUCCCUCCUCCGAGUACAUCGCCCCUUACGCCAACAUCUACCGCGGCAUGGCCAUCAUUGGCACGCAGGGGUUCGGCAUGCUGCCGCAGCAUUGCGGCAUGAUGAUGGCGUGCUUCUUCGCGGCGGCGAUAGUGGUCAACCUCAUCCGUGACGCGCUGCCGCAGCGGUACGCGGUGUUUGUGCCGGUGCCCAUGGCCAUGGCAAUCCCAUUCUACAUUGGCGCAAACGUGGCCAUCGACAUCUGUAUCGGGGCCGUCGUCAAGGCCUACUGGCACUGGACCUCUCCCGGCACAGCCGAGCUCAAGGUGCCGGCAGCUGCAUCGGGGCUGAUAGCAGGAGAUGGCAUAUGGACCGUGCCUUCGGCGAUCCUGUCUAUAUGCAAGGUCAACCCGCCGAUCUGCAUGUCUUUCACAAGCUCCUGAGAUGCCAGCCACUGAUCGGAACAGCGUGUGAGCACGCAAUGUCACAAGUCAGCAGUACUAGCUACUUUGUGGUCCAUUGCAGAUGUCUUGUUACAGCUCCACUAGGCAUUGUUCAUACAGCAGGUCUGAGGAAGUCUGAGAUUCAGUGCUGCACCGAAUCAGAGGGCCAGGUGCCACUUUGGCUCAGCAGUGCUCAGCAGUGCAGGCGCGUGUACCAAUUUAUAUUGAUACCUCCAGAAAAGGGCAAAGACAGGAGGUCGUCUUGGACUUAUUGACAGUCUCUUGCUGAUUCUGGGUCUGGCUGUCUUGCCGAAUGUUGAUAUUGCAGUAUUGCUCAGGGUGGCCGCACCCGGGGCCAAACUGUCAGAUGCAUUGGCAAUUGUGUCAGGCAUGGUUACUGUCUGUCUGGACCAAAGAUCAGGAAGCAGAGGGUACUCUCUUGAGCCAUUUCUGCUCAACAGACACAGUUCGGCCCGAGGGGAAGGCUCUGUGGGCUGUUAAGCCUGGCAGUGUCUCUGGGGUGCUCCAAGCCCUUGUCAAUGUGUCCUCCGCCAUAUUGUUGUGGGGGUUGCAGCUGCAAUAAUUUUCUGGUGUGGAUUGCACGCAGCAUGAUCUCAUCCAAGCAGCCUAUUUACAUGCUGCCCUCUUUACAGCGACUUGGAAUAUGAUAGCUGGAUGUGUUGGCCUCACCAAACUAUGCAGAGGCUCUUAUGUUGAAGAGAAUCGAGGGCGUUUUCAGAGGGAUAUAUUAUGAAUGUUACGGGGUAUCCCUCAAUGUAUCAGUUCUAGAUGCCAAUAUCUUAUUGGAUUAGGUCAUUUCAUUUCACACCAGUUAUUUGGUGGAUUGCAGCGCUUUUCAGAGGGGCUCAUGUCUUCUCUGGUGCUUUAAAUUUAUGUGUUGUUGAUAGAAAUAUGAAAUGUUCAAUUGACGGGAAGCUCACAGGAUUUGUUUUUGGGUUUGGGGUUGGCUCUGAGCUGUUCAUGUCAGAAACAUGCAUGUAUUAAUGCAUGUCAAGAAAGCUUGCCUGACAAGUGCCCUAGUGUGACAGCGUUGGAUACCAAGAUAUCCUGCAGACGAUGCCUAAAGUGCUUUUAAUGGAGAACUCAUUGAAUGUUUUUGACUUUUCUUGUUACUUCUGCGCAUGUGCAUGUAAGCAAGCUUUGCUUUGCGC